AGAUUCAAUGGGAGAUUUUAUUCACUUACAUAUAAGCAACUCCGCGAGUGAUGUUGUUUCGUACGAUCGAAAAAUUGAUCCUAAUAUUACAAUCGCUGAAUUAACAAACAUUAUUGAGUUUAUUACCGGCAUUAGUCCAUAUGGAAUGGAGGUGGAACUUUACAACGGUGACCAAUUCCUUCAGAAGAUCAUUGAUCGUGGCGUUCGAAGCGAACAUAAAUCGCUCAGAGAUUUUUUCGUCCAGGAUGGGAUGCGGCUUCACGUUAUCGGCCAUUGUACGUGGUUGGAUGAUGGCACCACCGUCGAUAAGUUCGAGCUUUCUCCCGAAGAAUACGAUAGCCGAAAGGAUAGUUUGCGCAAUUACUUGCGCCAAAACAAGCUCGGCCGAUACAGUGAGGAACGGGCGGCACAAAAGAUGGCUGCACGGGCCCAUGCCAAGGAGGAACAGCAGAAAAAGCUAAGGGAUGCAACCGUCGGCAAACGUUGCACGGUGAUGACCAAAGGUGCACCAACCCGUCUCGGUGAGAUUGCUUACCGGGGCAAGGUGGACGGAAAGCACGGCAUCUUUAUCGGAGUCAAGUUCGAUGAACCAGUGGGUGUGAACGAUGGCACCUUUGAUGGGAAGCGGUAUUUCGACUGUGGGCCAAAGUAUGGCAGCUUCGUCACACUGGACGCCGUCGAGAUAGUAAACAUUCCACCAGAGGAGAAUCUCUUUGAGGAUGAAUUGUAAGGAAUUCCAAUGUUCGACGUGCCAUUCCAUGUGCCGUAAAUCAAUAAAUAUUUAAAC